CAUGGACAAGUCAAGCAUCAGCCACAUGGAAGUGUCGACUUUCCCCGACUCCCACGUAGUCGACACGUACGCUGUCGACAGCAAGGAUGAACAAGUCACUGUCAUCGGUACCAUGGGCCAAGACCCCGACCACAAAACACCUGUGUCUUGGAGAGCCUGGGCCAUUGUUGCCAUCUGCGCUCUAGCCACAUUUCAGAACACAUACUACGGCAUUGCCCCCGCUGCGAACCAAUACGCCAUUGCUGGAGCUUUAGGAGGUACUGCGAGUGAAAGAAUUUGGAUCGUUCAAGCCGCUGCUGUUCCUGCUAUCGCCUUUGGCCCAAUCUUUGCCAUUAUUUCCGAUGUCUACGGCCGCAGAUAUCUUAUCCUCGUCGUCUGGUGCCUCUUCGCUGUUGGCUCUAUCGUAUCCAUGACUGCCAGCGGUAUGACUGCUGUCAUUGCUGGUCAAGCUCUCUCUGGCAUUGCAUCUGGUAUCUCUGGUAUCAUGUUCGCCGUUGCAUCCGAAGUCAUUCCAGGAGCUUACCGUGCCUAUGGUCAAACUAUCGUCAGUUGGGUCUCUGGACUGUCAUCGCUUGUCGCGCUUCUCCCCAUCGGUGCUGCAACGGCUGCCGACCCUGUCAACGGCUGGAGAUGGGUCUUCCGCAUCAAGUUCAUCCUUGAAUGCCUCGUCAUCAUCGGCAUCGCAGCACUUUACUUCGUGAGUAACACAAUCUCCGACUCCGUUACUGAGCUGACCAUGGUAUUAUGCAGCNCCCCUCCCCGCACUGCUGCUAGCAAGCAGUCUCUUGGUCAGAAGCUCAAGGCCCUCGACUGGAUUGGCUACAUUCUCCUCUUGGGCGCUCUCGUUCCUUUCUUGAUGGGCUUUGCUUGGAGCAGUGACUCCAACUAUGGUUGGGCCAGCAAGACUCAUACUGUUGUCCCUGUUGUUGUUGGUGGCGUUCUCUUCAUCGCCUGCUUGAUCUAUGUCAGACUUUCACUAACUCAAUUCCAGNAAUGGAAGGGAACCAAGACUGGUUUCUUGGACCAUCGCCUCUUCCAGAACGGACGUAACUUCCCCCUCUGCAUGGUCCUCAUCGCCGUUGAGGGUUCGCUCUUCUACCUGAUGAACAACAUCUACCCAUCGCAAGUUAAUGGCCUCUGGGAGCAGCCUGGAACUAUCAAGGCCAACGCCUACCUCCUUCCCUUCUUCAUGGUCAUCACUGUUGUCUCGCCCUUCCUAUCUAUCUACGUUACCAAGUUCAGAGACGUCAAGUGGCCCAUUUUCGUUGGUUUCGUCUCUUUCAGUGCUUCUGUUAUCGGUCUUGCUCUUGCAGGUACAAAUGGAAAGCUUGGUCUCACAUUCAACGGGAUUGGUGGUUUGGGCUUCGCGCCUGUUCUGAUCUUGAUCAUGGUCUGGGUCCAGAACUCAACUCCUCCGCUCUUCAUUGGUACUGCUUCAGCUCUUACCAUUUCCUCUCGCACUCUCGGUGGUACCGUCGGUCUGGGCAUCGCAAAUGCAAUCUAUGGCUCGCUCACAAACACUCAAAUCCCAGAGGCUAUCAUCGGAGCUGUAGCUCCUCUUGGCUUCAAUCCUGCCCAUAUUGGUCAGCUCAUUGGCUUCUACAUGUCUGGCCAGGGUCUUGACAAGAUCCCCGGGAUCAAUGGACAAAUCCUCGGUGCUGGUCUCGCCGCCCUUCACAAGACUGAGGCUCAUGCCUACAAGAUCGUCUGGCUGUCGUUCCUGCCAGGCUGUGUGGUUGCCGCUGCCAUUUGUCUCUUCAUGCGCAAUUCCAGUGAGAGAAUGAACUGGGUCGUCGAUGCGCCUCUCGAGGCAAAGUCUGAUGCGCUUUCUGCAAAGGAACAAGCAUUGGAAGCAGACCAUGCAUCGGUACACAUUCCCACUUUGAACGAUAACAUCGAGGUGGAGCUGGCCGAGCGCAGA